GACGUUGGUACCUGGACGGCCGGAGGAGGAGGAGGAGGAGGCGGCGGAAGCGGCGGCGGCAGCAGCAGCUCCUCCAUAAACAUGCCGGCGAAAUGCACAGGACCUCGUCGUGAAAAUUGCCGCUCACUCAAAAUAGGAAGCGGUCGGUGUCAUUCAGCCGCUUGUUAGUAGCCCCCCCCCCGGCCUUAGGCCACCCCCUGUCAGAGCUGCUGGGCUCCACGUUAUCAUCACUAUUUAUUAUGAAUUGAAAACGGCGCAGGAAGGGAAUCUGUACAUAAAGGCGAGCCACAUCUACCUGCUGUAAAUCUUACAACGUCAGGAGCAAACGGAUUAAAAAUCGUCUCAACUAAUCCGGUGUCAUUGGGGAAUCGUCUGGCUCUCCUUAACGCCACCUCACCACGUAGCCCCUUGUCCCACUGUAAUGUACUUUGGGGAAAGAUGCCCCCACGUUGUCACCGGUUUGUUAACGGGCAGAGUUGAGUGAUGUGCACACGCUUUUAUUUGGCAACAAUAGGGCUUGAGUAAUUGUCAUUGUAUUUUUUUAAAAAAUGAAGAAAAUCCUCCGUUUUGCAAAGAAAAAGAGAAAAUUUUCGCCCAAUGCCUCAGACACUGCGAGUGUGGCCUCAGCAGGAUAUGAGCUGAGAGAGAAGGAUUUGGGAAAGCUGCACAAAGCUGCUUCUACCGGAGACUUAACUAAGCUGCGGCAGCUCAUUAAGAAAAAUGAUGUAAAUCAACUGGAUAAAGAAAACAGGGCACCAUUACAUCUUGCAUGUGCAAGUGGGCAUGUAGAGGCAGUUACUUUCCUUGUGGAACACAAAUCAAAACUAAAUAUCUGUGACAAUGAUAACCGUUCCCCUUUGAUGAAGGCAGUACAGUGCCAACAAGAGCGUUGUGCAAUCAUUUUAUUGGAUCAUAAUGCUGAUCCUAACCUUGUGGACAUUAAUGGAAAUACUGCCCUGCAUCUUGCUGCUCUGAUCCCUAACAUCUCUUUGGUAAUGCAUUUAAUAGAGCGAGAAGCACACAUGAAUGCUCGAAAUAAGGAUGGUAACACACCUUUGCUGUUGGCUGCUAUUGAAAAUCACCAGGAAAUAGUAGAACUCUUGCUUAAAGAAGGAGCAGAUGUCAAUGCCAAGGACAAAACUGGGAGAACUGCCUUGAUGAUUGCUGCAAGUAAUGGACAAAUUAGUUUGGUUAAGUUACUUCUACAUUACAAUGCCGAUGUUUCCUUAAAAGAAGAUAAAGGAUGGACAGCUGAAGAUCAUGCAAUGAUGAAUGGACACCAUGCUUGUUCACAUUUAAUAUCUGAACAUGAUACGAGAAAGAAACUUCUUCAGUCACCAUAUUAUGGACCAAACAAAGUUAAAGGAAACCAUGCUGCUGAAGCAGGUUUUGCACUUGGAGGACCAGCCACAGACAAAGACGAGUUUCAGGAGUCUCCUGAACAGAAGUGGCGAACCAGUGAUUCUGAGAAAGUAACAGAUGAUGCAUCUCAGACAGAAUCAGUCAGUAGAGCCUCAAAAGGUGCAGGUGACUCAUGGCUAUCUUCCAAUGAAGAUGAGGAACUGCAAUUUAACUCCAAGGUACCACAGAAGCUUAGCUUGACUAAGUUGCUAAAUACUUCACAACAAAGUAAAGAUAAUGUAGAAAAGACUAACUUCUGCAAAGUCCGGAAUACAGACAAUUUGCAUCCAGUCGAAUCAGAUAUAGAAAGUGAGGAAGAGUCAGAAGAAGAUAGUCGUGAUGAAGAAGAAAUUAAUGAUAACUGCUCACCUCUACAGCCUUCACCACAAUCAAAGACACCUUUACUUGCUUCACCUCAAACAGCUAUGCCUUCAUCCAGCUCAUUUAUAAAAACUCAAUCAAAUUUUACCCCUUUUAAAGGCUGCAAGCAGGACAGAUCCUCAGAAGAAGAGACAUGGCCUGUUGAAAUAUGUUCACCAAACUCCAGAGUUGCACCAAAUCAACCUGCUAACCUUGAUGAAACUUCCACAUAUAGUGCUCAGGCAGAAGAUACUUCCCAACAAAAGAAUAGAAGAGACCUGAUGUUUGAAUUGGGCUUGGAGGAAGUGGAACCUGAAGAGAAUAUAGAAUCUCCUUGGGAUUCUGAGUCUACCACAGAAAGCCCACAGAAGAAAUCCAUUGGCUCACUUGGUUCAUCUGUCAAGGAACAACCAAAAAUGCAACAUACUCCAGCAAAUCAGAAUAACGAAAUAUUGGAAUCGAAUACUGUGGUACAGCCACCAUUAACAUUUGAAGGAAAUAAGCAGAAGUCAGAUCUAGUUGCAGAGCUUGGUUUAAUUGAUGCAGGGGAUAUAGAAGAUGUCUCAGACUGGGACUCUUUCAGUGCUUCAGGCAAAAAUGUAUCACCCUACCUGUUUAGUUCUGUGCCACAAGUGCAUCAAGUUACGAAUGCUGACAAAUCAACACUACUCCCAUCCGAAUCACCAAAGAGCCUCGUAAGCAAAUUGAAGUCAAAUUCUGAAGAGACCAUGUGUGUUUACAGAACAUCACUGUCACCUGAUUUAUUGAAAACUAAAUUGACUGCACAUCCUUUAAUGCAAUAUCAAAGUUCUCCAGAGCCUGAACUCAAAAAUACUCCAUCAGUUAAAUUGGAAAAUAAAAAUGAAUCCGAUCUGAAAAUAUCUCUAUUGGAAGAUGAAGAUAAUGAAAAAGAGAACUAUGACUGGAAUAUGCAGAAGGAUAAAAAUAUUUUAGAAACAACCAGUGUCGAUGACAAAUUGCCCACCAAGAGGUCUCAAUUUACAAGUCAAACCCAUGAAGGAGUUUUGGUUUCUCAACAGAAGGCUGAAGAAGUCAACCUGCAUGAAGGGCCUGAUUUUGAUAGUAGGGAGAAUGCUGCUGCAGGUAUGGGGAUAAAUGAAAUGAGUAGACCGGCUUUGAAGAAAAAAUAUUUAAAAGUCUGGAUUGAAAAAGGAAAGGAGGAAAUAGCAUCACAUCUAGAAAAUUUGACAGUUGAGUUGAAGCAAAGGUUUGAAGAACUUCGACAGAGUAAGAAUGAUGCAACUAAUAUGGAAUAUUCAGAAGAUUUUGGUGGAAAAUACGUGAGCAAUGAAUCUGAUCAAGAAGUUGUAAUUGCAGAUUUUAAGAAUAAUGAAGACACUGUUAUAGAAGAAGAGGAGAGUAGAUGUGAUGAAUAUGACUGCAAAGUACUUAAUCUAAUUCCAGAGCAAAAGGAAUAUGAAGAUCUGUGCACAGAGCCAACAGAUGGGAGAGAUGAGCAGCAAACAUUCCAUAGGAUGACUGAAUCAAAACUAGCAGUAAAUAAUGAUGAAAAUAGCUCUGAACACGCUUGUACACCUGAGGAAGUUAGUGAGUCAAAAGAGUUGAAAUGGGAGACAGCUAAAGAAGACCAUGUAAAAAAGGUGGAAUUGUCCAUGUUAAGGGAACAAGAAACUGAUGUUGUUGGUUAUGUUACUGAUAUAGACUCUGAUGCGGGCGAUGAUUCGCUUAAAUUACAUUCUGGUACUGAUAAAGCAAAUUCUUCUAACAAGAACCCUGAUUUUUCAGAAAAACCUCUGAAGCAUAGUACAGAAUUGGUUAAGUAUUCAUCAACAAGAAGGAAAGAUGUGGCCAACUGUACACCUCAUCUUAAUGUAAGAAAUCUAAAGGCACAAAUGGAUGAUUUGGAGCACAGUCCAAGAAGUAUCCAGUUGUCUUCUGGAGUAGCUGAUCGACCUUACUUGGAUGAAGAAUUAGAGGGAGAUAUGCAGCGAUUUAAGAAUGAGGUAGGAAUGCUGAAAGUAGUAUUCCUGGCUUUGGAGGAAAAGAAAGCACAGCUACAAAAAGAGGUAGAUGUUUCCCUAGUAGUCCCCCAUUAUGUUUUGCAAGAUACACCUAAUCGACAUGAAUCCAUAUGCAAAGACUGUGGGAGACCAUUCAAGACUGUCUUGGGCACAGAUGAGGAGAAUUAUGAAAGUCAUCAAUGUAAUCAGCCAAAGCAAGCUGAUCAAGAAUUGAAAAGCAUUGAGAGACUGGUCAGACUACAACAGACACCUGCAAUGAAUGGGGAUGACUUAUCUGUCUUUGACAGUACUACAAGCGAGAUGUCUCAAGAUGAAGUGAGACCUUGCAAGUCAUCUGCAAGUAAAAAGUUCACUAGACCAGUAAAUAUUUCUGAUGAUCUGGAUGAUCUUACACAGUCCUCUGAUACUGGUACAGAUGGGUCAGAAUCCCCUAGUUCUGCAUAUAAGAAUACCCCACUGUUAAUUGCACAGCUGGAUACAGAGGCAAUAGACUCCAUAAGUUUACUGAAAAUCCAAAAUCUGGUUCAUGAAUAUGAGCGAGCAGUUGAACGGGAAAAGAAACGUUAUGCCUUACUUUCAGAAAAAGUAAAAUAUCUGGAAAAUGAACGGAAAGAGCUCCAUCAAGCACUGGACAAAACUAAAGAAAUGAAAUCCAAACUGGAGUGUCAGAAAAUGGAGAGAGAUACUGACUUUAAUAGUGUCAAAUUUAGUCUGAAACAAGAGGAGGAAAAACGGAAGAUUGCAGAAAUAUUAUAUGAAAAGAGCCGUGAGCAACUCCAAAAAAAGGAAUUGCAGUACUGUGAGGAGCUGAAAGCAAAACAAGAAUUGGAACUAAUAAUAAGAAACAUGGAACUGGAAAGGAAAUCAUUGAUCAGCAACAUAGAACAGCUUCAUGAAGAUCAUAAUGAAUUACAACAGCAAUUCAACCGGGAACAAUCUAUUCACAGAGAAAUCGUCAACAGCCAUCUGCACAGAAAUCAUGCAAUAGAAGAGGAGGACAAGAAGGCGUUAAAAAAUGCAGAGGUUGCUACUCACCUUUGUGAUGUUAAUGACAACGAAAAAGAUGUGAUGCUACAAAAUCAUUCACUACAAAAUGAAAUUGCAGUACUUAAACUAGAAUUGGUUCGUGUUCGUGAACGGAAUCAGGAAGAACAGGGAAAGUACAUGGAGCAGAUUGAGGCUUUGAAAGAAAAGCUAGAUGACACAAAAAAAGAUUUGAAGUUUAACGAAGAAGCUUUAACUCACACCGCUUUGCAGUAUAAUAGUCAACUGAAUUCAUUGAAGACUGAAAUCUCAAUGUUAACUUCCAAGCUGGAACAUGAGAAGCAAAAUAAAGAAAAACUAGAGACUGAGACGGAAGCUAUCCGUUCACAGUUAAGUAUAGCACUUAAGGAACUAGAACGGAGUCAGGCAGCUAAAUGUGAAUCUGAACAAGUUCUUCAAAGGGAGCAUGAUGAAUGGCACCAUUCAGACGAAAAACGAAACUAUGAAAUUUCCAGUCUCCGUGAGAGUAAUAACAGCUUGUCGCAAAAAUUAAGUAAAGAGGAAGCAAAAGCCAAUAAGUUAGAUAGUGAACUUCAUCGUGCAACACUUUCUCUUGCUGAAAAAAAUCUUAUGUUGGAGAGUGUUCAGAGGAGCUUGAAUCAAUCUCAGGCUCGCAUAAAUGACCUAGAACACACCAAUCAAUUGCAAAAAGAACAGAUAAGCAAAUUUACAGUUCGUCAGGAGUCUAUGCAAGAGAGAUUGGCACAAGCCCAAAGUGAAAUCAUGCUGUUGCGGCAGCAGCUCGAAGAUGCACAAAACAAAGGUAUUAUGAAGGAAAAAGCAGUCACUGAUGUUCAGGACCGCUUCAAUGACAUAUUUUCUAAACUUCGAAGAGAUGGUGAACGGCAGAUAUGUUUGGUGGAAGAGAGGAAUAAGGAACUAGUGAGCAAGACUAUUGAACAAAGAGAACAAAUCUGCAAGUUUGAAAAUGAGAAGAUAGAGCGAGAGACUACAUUGAGGCAGCUUCAACAAGAACUCGCUGAUGCACUAAAGAAACUUUCAAUGUCAGAGGCUUCACUGGAAGUAACUACGCGCUAUCGCAAUGAAACUGAAGAAGAGAAAAUACGUAUGCAGAACCAAUUGGAGAAGCUUAAAAUGGAGCUGCAGGGGAUGCGAGAUGGGUGCAUGCAAUCAGAGAGGAAAAUCCAUCACCUACAGAAUACCCUGGAUGAUAAAGAACGUGAUUUGAUUACAGUUUCCCAGAAAAUGCAAGAUGCUUUGUCAACUUCUUCACGGACAAAGGAAGCUGCAAAGCAACUUGAAGAACAUAUACAACGGUUAGAGAUUGAAAAUGCAAAAUUGGAAUCUGUGGCAAAACAGCAGGCAAACAAAUCUGAAGUGAUGGAGAAGGAACUUCAGGAUACUGUGUCAGUCCGCACUCGUCUAGAAGAUUUGAUAACAAGUUUACAAGGAGUAAAGGUUAACUUAGAAGAUCAACUCGGUCAAGAGGUACAAAAACAAACAAUGUUGUCACAGAGUGUGAAAGAUUCUCAUCAACUGUGGGAAGAGGAAUUGAAAACACGAUCUAAGCUUGGACUUCGAAUUUCUCAGUUGGAUAGAGAAAAAGAUGAUUUGGCAGGGCAGGUUGAAAGUGAAAGGAAAAAAGUAAAGAAGCUUCUAGAAUUAAAAAGAUCAGUAGAAACUAGACUGGCUCAGGAAAUGAAAAGAAACAAUGAGCUUCAGAAAGAACUAAACCGAAUAAGAACAUUGUUGAAGACUACCAAAAAGAAAUUAAAGGAUUAUGAGAAUGGACAAAUUGUCAGUCAACUGGGUGGUAUUCAAGAACUGAAUCAUGGACACUCUGAAUCUGAAACCACUCUUAACAGACUGAAGACAAAGGUUGAAGAGUUAUCCCAGCAGUUGGAAACUGAAGCUGCUAAGGGUAGGCAUUUGGAAUCAACCAAUCAAGAACUUUCUGCACAGGUUGCAUCAAUGAAAAUUCUACAGAAAAACCAAGAUCGGCUAGAAAAGAGAAAACACCAGCUAGAGGAAGAAAUAGUCAGUCUGAAACAUCAGAUUGAAACUAAUUUGAUAAACUACAGUCACAUAGAACAAUACAAGAGGGACAUAGAGGAACAUGCUCGUAAGGAAAUCAAGCAGAAGCUAGAAGAAGUCAAUUUAUUCUUACAGACUCAACAGGCCUCCCAAGAAGCUUUGGAACAAUUGAGAGCCACAAACGAAAGCACAAUUAGAAGUCAACUGGACCAGAGAAUAAAAGACCUGGAAUUAGAGCUCAAUAAACUUAGAACUUCACAACAAGACAGCAUUAAUCUGAAAGAUUCCGCACAGUUGGAAUUUGAAAGAUACAAAGAAUUGUAUUCAGAAGAAUUAAAACUACGUAAAUCUCUUGCAGCCAAACUUGACAGAGCAAAUGAGAGGUUAGCAGAAACCAAUACUAAGCUACUAAAUGAGCGUCAACGUAGUAAAUCCUUAAUUGCUAACAGCAUUAUGAAUGGAAGCUUCAAUGUAACUCCUGCUUUAGAGAUGGGUCAACUGCAAAGCACAAUGGGUAAUGUCGGUAACCUGGGAACUUUCAACAGAAAUCUAGGAAAUAGCUUCUUAAAUCCAAUCGAAGAUGGAAUGUCCUCUACCAACAAAGUAGAGUCAUAUCUGGCUAAGAUGCAUAACAAGAUGCAGGAAGCAUUGCAAAAAAAUAUUUCCAAAGAACUUGUUCAAGCCACUGCUGAUUUGGAAAAAGAAUCUACACGGGUCUCGCCUCUUGGAUCAGCUGCUGGCUCACUUAAGAGUAUAAACCAAGACCAGGAUCCUGUCACUAGAGCCACAGAACAAUACCUGGAAGUUCUCAAGAAAAAUUACAUGCUUUGAAUUGUGUUGUGCCCCUAUUUGAAAAUAUUCCAUGAACUUUCCGCACAGAAGUGGAUCAAAAUAACAGUUCUCCUGAAAAAUCUGUCCAAUUUCAAAAUUUUAUGAAUACAAAAUGCUGUUUAGUGAUAACAUUCCAUGGAUUUGAUUAACCUAUUGUAAACGCAUGGAAGGUUAUUUUACAGCACAUAGAUUUCUUUAACUAUAUUUGCUCAGGAGGAAAUUUGUAUAUCAAUUUAAAAUUAUUGUACAGAGUCUAUUCAUAUUUUAUUUGUUGGAAGUGACAUUUGACCAAACCAAUUCUAAUAGUGUGAUUUAGGGACUGCAAUCUCCCUGCAUUGAUGUCUUACAGUGAUUGAACGAGUUCCAAUUAAUGGAACAUUCCAUAAUUUGAAUUAAUAUUUUAUGAAAUUGCACAAGAUAAAAGCAUUUUAUCAAACUACAUUUUUGCCACACACUGUUUAAAAAGUUGGCUGUUUGUGAAUAUUAGCUUGGUUAAAAUGUCCUAUGUGGUAAUGUCUAUUUUGCAGUGAUACAGUAUUGUAUGCUAGAUUAUUGUCAAAUAGUGCCAAGACCUUUUAAUGUGUGUUUUGGUACGUACAGUAAAGCCAUUACCAUUUAUGCUGAAA